AUGCCCAUCGCCAUGGAGGCGUCCUCCUCUGGAGACGCGCCCGCGAAGGCCAAGAAACGGAGAUUGCAAGAUAGCGCAAAGAACCCAGGAGGCCGCUGCAGCAAGUACGUCCCGAACCGUCUUCCCCCCGCGCACUGCCUCAUCUUCGCAGCUGUGUCGCAUUCAAUUCACAUUGCACGCAUUAUGCUAUACACGGAAAGGGAAGCAGCGGAGCCUACGCCAGAACGUCUACGUGAAGUAGAGCGCACGUUUGGCAUGUCCGUCGAAGAUACCAACGACUUUCUCCUGAAUACGGACUCCGAUUCAUCCUUGUGCGACUCCAAAGCCCUCGUCACGAGCAUCCUCGACGACGCGCACGCCUUCUUCCAAUCCGUCGACCUAAUCUCUCUGCAAAAAGCCGCCCUCCGCCUCGCCAAAUACGCCCGCAGCCUCGAAGAGACCGCGCAGCAAGCCCCACAGCCUACCAACUCGGACAUCGCCUACGUCGCGGAUGAGGACGUGCCCGACCUGACGGUCGCGGACUCGCACGAGGAGCCGAUAACGGACGAGCUGUGCGACGCGGCGGAUGGGCUGGCGGACCGGUUGUGGCAGCUCACGCUGAAUUGGGCUGCGCAGGGGAGGUAUUUUGGCAAGAGCAGCAAUGUGCACUUCAUCAAGAGCGCGAUGGAUAUGAGGGAUGGGUAUGCGGGGGCGAGCUAUAAUCAUCUUGAUUUUGAGAUCAAGAAGCGGAUGGAGUAUUGGACUGUGAGGCCUUGGGAAAUCGAAACUUCCGUCCCCACUCAACCGCCCCUCACAUUCCCCGAUCACUCCUUCCUCCUCGAGCUCGUCGACCUCUACUUCAAAACCAACGAGUCCUGGGUCCCCAUCAUGCACCGCCCGACUGUCGACCGGGAUCUCGCUAGCCGGCGUUAUUUGCGCGACCGCUCGUACGGGUAUCUGGUCCUGACGAUGUGCGCGCUGGCGUCGCGGCACUCGGACGACCCGCGCGUGUUUGCGGACAGGCGACCGGGGUCGGAGAACAGCGCGGGGUGGCAGUGGUGGUCGCAGGUGGAGAUUAUCAGGAGGAGCUAUCGGUCUGCGCCGUCGUUGGUGUUGUUUUUGUGGGGGACGUCGGUUCCGGAGGAUUGUUGGAAGAUCUCCAUGGGGAUUCGCCUCGCCCAAGAGGUCGGCGCGCACCGCAAGCGCAAGACCGCCAACGCUAUCGAGGACGAGUUGUACAAGCGUGUCUUUUGGGCUCUGGUCAUCGAGGACAUACAACUCUCAUCGUACAUGGGCCGACCACGGGCGACGACUUGCGAGGACAUCGACCUCGACCCGGUCAUCGAAGCGGAGGACGAAUAUUGGCUCACCCCGGAGAAGCAGCCGGAGGGCCGCAUCGGGCGUGGGGUGUACUUCAAUCAGUUGAUUCGGAUUAUACAUGUUAUAUACUCCAUCAAGAAACCCCGCCUCCGCUCGAACAUGUCCCGCCGCGACUGGCAGCUGCGCGUCGUAUCCUGCAUCGACUCGGCGCUAAACUCCUGGCGCGAGAACUUGCCUACGUUCUUGCGCUGGAGCCCCGAUGAGACGAAUGCGGAGCUGCGCGAUCAGGCGAUGUUGCUGGCUGCGGCCUUGUUUUUGGCGCAGAUACAGCUGCACCGACCCUUCAUCGUGGCGCCGAAUACGUCGCAGUCGUUCCCAUCCCUCGCUAUCUGCGCCAACGCUGCGCGCACCUGCCUUCGCAUGAUGGAGCGGAACUCGAAGAUGAGCUUCACGCCUUGGCCGCAUGCGGUCAUGGCCAUCUUCUGCUCCUGCAUCGUCCUCAUCCUCUACGUCUUGCAUCGACAACAAACGGGGAACGCAGGCGAUGGGGAGAAGGAUGUCAAGCUUGUCUUUGAGGGCUUGAAAGUGAUGGCGCAGUACGAGAAGCGGUGGCAGUUUCCGGGGAGGUUGGACGUCCUGUACAACCUGUUCCCUGCCGGCGGCUUCAAGUUCUCCACGGAUAUCGCGCCGAAGGGCAACAAGCGAGCGCACGAGGGCGACAUUACGGAGGAGACACCGCCAUUGUUGACGUCCUCGUCAGCUUCGUCCAAUGACGGAUUCGUUUCUAGAGGCGCGGACUUCCCUCCUCCAGCCGCCCCUGCUUUCGGUGGCGUUUGCGAUCUUGGUAUAUCGGAGGAUGAGCUGGCCUAUCUGUUUGCCCUGCCAUCGGACCAGCCCAUCGCCCCGAGCGCUGCUGACAUGCCUCAUCCGACCGCUGGCGCGAUGCCCGACGAAGUGUGGUCUACACUUGGGGAUGGGCGAUUGUCGAGCAGUAUGGGUCCUGUCACUAUAGGUGGCGAUGAUUCCUCUACCGCUUCAUCGGCUGGCCCAUCGACGUUCAAUGCACCAGGCUAUCACCAGAAUCCCUUUGACGUUGGAGAUAUGGGCAAUGCUAGUAGCUCAACGGUCACUGGUGAGUAA